GUGAGCUACAUUAAUUUAGAGAGAGAGAGAGAGAGGGAGAGGGAGAGAGAGUCCGUCUCAUUUUCCUUUUGGAUGCUCACGUUUUUUAGCAGGCCAUUGUCCAUGGCGUAUACCCCAUGUCUUUUCCUCGUCCUUGUGCUACCUGGGGAUGCCUUUGAAUCAACAUGGAAACCUAUGCAAUUUCAGAGGUCUAACACUCCAAGCAUUGAGCUUAGGCGUCGGUAUAAACUAUGGCCAAAUCGCCAACAAUCUUCCCUCCCCCUCACGAGUGGCUGGCCUCCUCAACUCUCUCUCUAUCUCUAAAGUUAAGCUUUACGACGCCGACCCCAAUGUCCUUCGAGCCUUUGCCAAUACCAAUGUCGAAUUCGUAGUUGGAAUUGGCAAUGAGCUCGUCGCAAACAUAACAGACCCAGACAAGGCCUUACAAUGGCUAACUACCCAUGUCCAACCCUAUAUCCCUUACACUAAGAUCACUUGUAUAACAGUGGGAAAUGAGAUUUUUUCAGGCAAUGAUACUACCCUAAUUACCAAUCUUGUCCCUGCAAUGCAAUCUCUCCAUUCAGCUCUCCAGACCCUUGGAUUGAGCCACCAAGUCAAUAUAUCGACCGCCCAUUCAUUGAUGGUCUUAUCAACCUCAUACCCACCUUCUUCAGGGACUUUCAAACCCGAUAUUCAAGAGUACAUGCAAAGUAUACUAAACUUCCAUGCUGAAACCAAUUCUCCAUUCUUGAUCAAUGCUUAUCCUUACUUUGCAUAUAAGGAUAACCCAAAUAAUGUACCGCUGAACUAUGUGUUGUUCCAGCCUAAUGAAGGGGUGGUCGACCCAGUAACAGGGCUUAGUUAUGAUAACAUGUUAUAUGCUCAAAUUGAUGCGGUUUAUAAUGCAAUCAAAACAUUGGGUCACCCUGAAUUGGAGGUGAAAAUUUCGGAAACAGGGUGGCCUUCAAAAGGGGACGAGAAUGAAGCUGGUGCAACACCUGAAAAUGCAGAGAUUUAUAAUGGGAAUUUGCUCAAGAGAAUCGAGAUGGGGCAGGGGACUCCAAUGAGGCCUGAUGUGCCAUUGCAUACUUAUGUUUUUGCAUUGUUCAAUGAGGAUUUGAAGCCCGGUCCAACAUCUGAGAGGAAUUAUGGGUUGUAUAACCCUGAUGGAACACCAGCUUAUAACAUUGGGCUUAAUGGGGUUCUUCCUGGGUACCAUUCCGGGUCGUCGAGUAAGGUGAGAACUGGUUUAUGGUGCAUUCUGAGCCUCAUUAUAGCAAUUUUAAUCUGACCGCACAAACGACGCGUUGAGACUUGAGAUCCAGAGGAGAGGGCGUCAUAAAUUUGGACUUUUCCUCUCUCUGAAAUUUUGUUAGAGAGAUCACACAGGUGGGGGCGUCAUUCUUUCAAUUCGCACGGGGCUUGAAUCAUUCACGACCGCGACGUGUGGUGGUCUAAUUUUAGUUUUAAUUUUUUCUUAGUUUGAAAGUUAAUACAAAGUCCAAUUCUUUAAUCAUCGAACUUAUUUCUUCGGUGUAAAGAACCAAUAAUUACUAGAGAAAGAGGUCACAUAUUUCUUAUCUCUCUCUAAAUCUGUAUUAAUUCUAAAAUAAUGAAAGAGGAAGGGAAUAUAUUCUGUCUUACGAGAGGGAAAAGAUCAGGUACCUUUCUUUUUUA